GCGGAGCUGCCUGCGCCCGCGCCUCCUGCCGCGGUCCUCCCGACAUGCCGGAGGAGGCGAGCCUCCCGCCGGCCAAGAGAUUCCGGCCGGGCUCCUGCCCUCCCGGGAGGCGAGUGGAGAUGCUGUUGGCGGCUGGCGGCGGCGGAGCGGGAGGAGGCCGCAGGCACACGCCGCCGCUGGCCCAGCCCUCGGCCAGCCCCUACCGCGAGGCCCUGGAGCUGCAGCGCCGGAGUCUGCCCAUCUUCCGGGCGCGGGGCCAGCUGUUGGCUCAGCUCCGAAACCUGGACAGCGCUGUCCUCAUCGGGGAAACUGGCUCUGGGAAGACAACUCAGAUCCCACAGUACCUCUAUGAAGGGGGAAUUAGUCGCCAGGGCGUCAUUGCGGUGACCCAGCCCCGGCGAGUGGCCGCCAUCUCUCUUGCUACGAGAGUCUCAGAUGAGAAGAGGACUGAACUCGGGAAGCUGGUUGGCUAUACAGUGCGCUUUGAGGACGUCACUUCAGAAGACACCAGGAUCAAGUUCCUGACGGAUGGCAUGCUUCUGCGGGAAGCAAUUUCAGACUCCUUGCUUCGGAAGUACAGCUGUGUCAUUUUGGACGAGGCCCAUGAGCGGACCAUCCAUACAGACGUGCUCUUCGGAGUGGUGAAGGCUGCACAGAAGAGGCGAAAGGAGCUAGGGAAACUGCCGCUCAAACCCUUAUUCUUUCCUCAGGUGAUUGUGAUGUCAGCUACUAUGGAUGUCGACCUGUUCUCUCAGUAUUUCGAUGGAGCCCCUGUCCUCUACCUUGAGGGUCGGCAGCACCCCAUCCAGACCUUCUACACCAAACAGCCUCAGCAGGACUACCUGCACGCGGCUCUCGUUUCAGUCUUCCAGAUCCACCAGGAAGCGCCCCCUUCUCAGGACAUCCUGGUGUUCCUCACUGGGCAGGAGGAGAUCGAAGCAAUGAGCAAGACCUGCCGAGACAUUGCCAAGCGCCUUCCAGAUGGCUGCCCUCCAAUGCUUGUCCUCCCUCUGUACGCCUCCCUACCCUACUCACAGCAGCUCCGAGUCUUCCAAGGGGCCCCAAAGGGCUAUCGCAAAGUCAUCAUUUCAACCAACAUCGCUGAAACCUCCAUAACCAUUACAGGAAUAAAAUAUGUAGUUGACACGGGCAUGGUUAAAGCAAAGAAGUAUAACCCUGACAGUGGUCUCGAGGUACUAGCUGUGCAGCGAGUGUCAAAGACCCAGGCCUGGCAGCGCACAGGCAGGGCCGGCCGCGAGGGCAGUGGCAUCUGCUACCGGCUCUACACUGAGGACGAGUUUGAAAAGUUUGAGAAGAUGACAGUGCCGGAGAUCCAGAGGUGUAACCUGGCAAGCGUGAUACUUCAGCUCCUGGCAAUGAAAGUCCCAAAUGUGCUCACCUUUGACUUCGUGUCUAAGCCAUCUCCAGAUCACAUUCAGGCGGCCAUUGCCCAGCUGGACCUGUUAGGUGCUCUUGAACAUAAGGAUGACCAGCUUGCCCUGACUCCAAUUGGAAGAAAGAUGGCAGCAUUUCCUUUAGAGCCCAAAUUUGCCAAAACUAUCCUCCUGUCCUCCAAAUUCCACUGUACUGAAGAGAUCCUCACCAUCGUCUCCCUGCUGUCCGUGGACAGCGUCCUGUACAACCCCCCUGCCCGCAGAGAGGAAGUGCAGAGUGUCCGGAAGAAGUUCAUCUCCAGUGAGGGGGACCAUGUCACUCUGCUCAAUCUCUACCGGACCUUCAAGAACACAGGUGGGAACAAGGACUGGUGCAAAGAGAACUUUGUCAACAGUAAGAAUAUGCUGCUAGUAGCUGAAGUCAGAGCACAGCUGAGGGAAAUCUGCUUAAAGAUGUCGAUGCCCAUCAUGUCAUCUCGAGGGGACAUGGAGAGUGUUCGCCGCUGCCUGGCUCACAGCCUCUUUAUGAGUACUGCCGAGCUCCAGCCAGACGGCACCUACGCCACCACGGACACACAUCAGCCAGUGGCCAUCCACCCGUCGUCUGUCCUCUUCCACUGCAAACCUGCCUGCGUGGUAUACACGGCUCUGCUCUACACCAGCAAGUGCUACAUGCGAGACCUCUGCGUUGUGGAUGCCGAGUGGCUGUACGAGGCCGCCCCUGACUACUUCAGGAGGAAGCUGAGAACUGCCAGGAACUGAGCACAGCAAGGCCAGCGCCUGGACUACAGCCAUCUUCCAGACCCGCCCAGAAGCUAGAGAAACAGCACAGUGCAAUGCAGCCGAUUUUCAGACUGCAAGAGCUUGAAAGCGUUGACAACCUCCUCAGACCCAACCGUGCAGACACGUUCAUACUUAGACCACAAGAGGCUGAAACUUGUUUGUACUUGGGGUUUGGCUAGGCCGUUUGGGGUGACUGAAUUAACUUCUGAGCCUCAGUGUCCUUAUCUGCCAGAAAGGGGUAAGACUUGGAGUUCAGAGUAAUGAAGUUUAGAAAAAAAUGAAUAGAAGGUUACGAACAGAGUUGCCUGACAGAAGAUAAGAGAAUCGGGGACUUGUAAGCCAUUGUGAGUUGUGAUUCUAACUAGGUACGACACGGCCCCUGGAGCCCUUGGGUCUCGGAGGAGUUGCCUUAGGAAGCCACAGACUUAGGAAGUCUGUUGGCCUUGGGUGGGGAGGAGGAGGAGCCACAAGAAACCGCAGGCCCAGUCUCUUGCCCUCUGUGUUCCUCCUUCCACACCCUCCCCAUGGACCCCAGGGCUAAGACAUGCUAUGCAGACUCUGCCACUGAGCCAGUCCUCAGCCUCACCUUCAGUGUCUACCUGUGUGUCUGUUAGAAAAUGGGAGCAACUGGCUCCCACGGGCAUUUCCAGAGCAAGGUAGAUUCUGACCUGUUGACCCUCACAGCUCAGGGUGUCACAUGCUCUCCAGUCUCUCCACGCAGAGACCAGCAGAGGAGUUCCUUGGUACCUCUGUGGUUUCGUGUCCCCAGCAAUGCUUUCAUGAGACAUGUUGGUUUCCUGAAAUCAGGAGCCAGCUUUUCAAUGCAGCGGCCUUCUGAAGCCCGGUGGUAAUGUUCUCUUUAACUGGGCACACUGUGUGCACACAAGGGAGGCCUCACCCAGUUCAGCUGUCUGCUGAGGUGGGGCCCCAGGUCAGAGCUGCUCGUGGGAAGGAGCCGGGCCAAGUGGUUAAUGGCUCAGAAGCCAGGGUGUCAGUUUGUCUUUUCUGCAACACCCAGUCUUUGUUUUGGGUUUUUCUGUUUGCUUGCUUGCUUGUUUUUUCUUGGGGGCAGUUGGAGGCAGGGUUUCUCUGUAUAGCCCUGGCUGUCCUGGAACUCACUCUAUAGACCAGGCUGGCCUUGACCUCACAGAGAUCCUCCUGCCUCUGCCUCCCAAGUGCUGGGAUUAAAGGUGUGUGCCACCACCCAGCCAGUCUUUGUAUUUUUUAUCUCACUGAUUUUUCAGUGUUCUUGGUGGGGCCUGGGGACGGUUAGCCUUGCUACUUCCUGACCAGGUGCCCCUCUCAAACCUCCCUCGCCUGAGGGAAUUUUUCAGAGAAGCCUCUACAUCCCAUUCCUGUUUAGAAAAGAUCCCUCUUAGGAUUGCAGGGGCUGACAGUCCCUGGUGUGGUAGUACACCCAUCUUAUCAGUGCCAGCUGGGAGGCUUCCGGUUCUAGGCCAGCCUGGGGACUGGACCUUGCAUCUAGGUGGAAGAAGAAAAGCACACUUUCCCAGAGGAUGUUUGAACCUAGGAAAAGACCAAAUUUAGCUGUUUUCUUGUGCUUAAUUGAUCCAAACACAGCUGUACUACUAAGAUUCUGUCCUUUAUACAGUGAGUUGUAUUGCUUAUAAGCAAGAGGCCAGACUGCCUACAAGGUAGUUGAAAGGCAGUGGGCAGUUUCUUCACUCUGAGUCCAGCAAGCUCUUUCCAGAGGGCAUAGCCUGAUUGGGCACUUCAUUGCCAGGGUCUCAUUGGUCCACAGCUGUGUCUGCUGAAUCUGGUCUAGGCUUUAAUAUAGCCCAAGCCGCGGGCAAUCAGGCUUUUAGCCGGCGCUUAGAGUUGUCAGGGUACUUGGGACUGUCUCUUUGAUAAAAUGGUUACACUACCAACUUUCUGAAAAGCUCUCCAGAAAGGGUUCUCUUUUUAAGUGUAUUUUUUCUAUCUAUGCAAGGUUUAUUUAGCCUUGCUUGGUAAGAAGGGCUUUCGUAUUUUUAAUAGGGCAUUUGUGUGCUGGCUAAAGGGAUCAGCAAGGAGGCAGUGUAUUCCUCAGCAGUGAACACUCUGUUCCCCGGGAAACCAGCACAUUGUUUUCUGGGUCACAGGAAGCUUAGCUUGCCGUGGCUGAGUGAGUGAGGACUGGGAGGUUGACCUGGAGAGACUGCAAAGCGGGAAACUUCACAGAAAAGGACUGACGGUGGCGCUUUCUAAGUUAGCUUUAAUGUUUCUGUAUGGAAAUAUGUUUGUCACUUUAACAUUAUGGUAGAAUUUUAAUAGACUAUUUAGUUUUUUAUUGGGUUUUAAAAAAAAUGCUUUUCAGCAAAGCUGCUCAGGGAUUAAAGCAGAUGGAAACCUCACUCUGACUCCACAUAUUACUGCAAAGAAGUUACUGGGCUGCAGGGACAGUGUUCUUUAAGCUCUCUUAGGAAAGUGGAGUGUCUCAUGGUUUUUCUGCAGUAUAAGCCGAGCUACUUUUCCAGUUGUCAGACUCCAACGUAGACUCCAGUCUGGACAGCACAGCCUCAAGCAGAUGGACGUUAGCAGCACCUGCUGGCUCCAGGGCGUGGGGCUGUCUGGUUUGUAACCACGACCCGCAACACCCGCAACAGUGUUACGAACUGGUCCCUGAAAACCUGUGCACCUCUGCCAGUUGUCACAAGAGUCCAAAACAAAGCAUUUACUGUGACACAGAUCUUUGUACUCCAGUUGCCAGGAUCUAUUUGGAACUGUGCCCAUGCAUCUAAGCUGCCUUUCCUUGAGCACAUAAGCUAGACCUACGCGUGGGGAAACAAUUUUAUAUUGGUUGCUGUGAUGUAGAAAAGUAACAAGUUGAUUUGGACUUGUGCUGAUUCUGUCUGCUCUCAAACAUGACAACAGUUCUUGUAUAUAAUGCCCAAAUUUGCUUUUGACUAUCAAAUCCAUACAAAAUGAAUCUUGUAUGUGAUAUGUGUGGCCUCUUUUGUGGGGCCUCCUUCCCCUUAUUUAUAGAAUGCUAUUCGAAUAUUAAACAGUCUUACUGCCAUUCA